AUGAUCAUAGCACUACCAAAAACAACAAAAGAAGAAAACCGAACUAUGCUAUAUUAAAGGAAUCAUGACAGAAACCUAACCUGACAAAAACCCACCUCAGAUUGCUCAAAAUCUGUUGAAACGUACAACCUUGUCGUUGCCAAAAUCGUUUUGUUUCUCAUUAGACUUUGAUUUGUUAGAAGUAAUCAAACUGAAAAUUACACAAAAACUUGAUGAGAAACUACAGUAAUAUGGCUUCUUCUCUACCUUCUUUCCAGUAUCUUCUAGCUGUGCCAUCAGUGAAGCAGAGUAUUCGACCGUCCCUGCAAAUAAGAGCUCAGGGCUUCAGAGAUGAAGGAAAAUCGGGUAUCGAUGCAAAUAUGAGCAUUCUAAGGGAGAGGAUAAAAGAAGUUAGGAUGAAAGAGAGAUUGGAAAGGUGUUGCAGAAGUGAAAAUGGAUGGAAUUAUGCAGCUGGCUACCAUUCCAAGCACAAGAUGGAUACAUCCAAGUUUUUUGAAACUUUUGGAAUGGUUUUUGGAACUUUUGGCCUCACCAUUGGUACUGGGACUCUUUGUCUGUGUCUUUUUUCCCUCUUGGUUCGUUUAUGCCAAUGAAGAAAAGUGGCUUAAUGCCUAGAUCAUGUAGAUAACUUUCAAAAUUUGUUAAGUUCCUAGUUUGUGCAAUUUGAUGGCCUUGGCAAAAUCACUUCUUUUAAUUUUGAACAAUCAGUUUCGAUUUCCUCAUUGUAAUUAAUGUUCGUGUAGUCUUGUAUUAUUCAUUUGAUUUCGAGUUUUUAUUACUUUUAGUUGACUACUAGAACAUUAGAGUGUAUUGGUAUGAGAUUAAAGAAGGUAAAGUUGAAA